CACCUGUUUCCUUUUAAUUCCUCUUCGCCGAGCUUUCUAUUUCCUUUUUUUUUUGUUUUCCCCUUUAAUUUCCUCGUCAAUGGAUCAUCCUUCAAUUUUCAAGCUUCUCGAAGAAGACGAGGAUGAAUCGAUGCAUUCGGGAGCUGAUGUAGACGCGUUUCAGGCCGCUCUGAAUCGAGAUAUUGAAGGUUCGACUUCACUGCCGCUUGUGACAAAUCCUGGAAACAACCAUUCUUCUCCUAGCCAGCAGUUUGCGACAUGGAAGAACGGUAUUGGAGAUGCUAACAUCAAUCUCCAGACGCAGCACAGCCUUGAAAGCACCCAGAUGAAGGAGCAGCAAGGAUCCGCCGUAGACAAUCAACACCAACAGGAUUUAAAACGCACAAAUGAAUCUCAUUUACAAAACAUUCAGCCUCAAGACCUUCAUCGAGCUGGUCAACUCUGGGAGAAUCCUUCGCAGGUUCCGCAAACAGCUGGGUUGCAGAUUUCUGAAAAGAAUCCGACUGGUAACGAACAAGAAAGAUCACAUAAUCAAGAGAGUGAAUCUCAGUAUGUGAAACUGCAAAAGAUGAGUAGUCAACAGGCUCGUGCAGUGGAACAGCCUGUUAACCCUAUGAUUCGCAACCCUAAGCAAGUACCGUUUGCGGCUUUGCUUCCUACCUUAAUGGCCCAACUCGAUAAAGAUAGAGCACUGCAGCUCCGUACCCUAUAUACUAGACUUAAGAAAAAUGAAAUCCCCAAAGAGGGGUUCACACGACAUAUGAAGGAUAUCGUAGGCGAUCAGAUGCUCAGGUUGGCAGUUAGUAAACUACAGCAGGCGAACUAUAACCCGGGAAAAAUCGGCAUUCCAGCUCCUUCUACUGAAAUCAAUAAUCAAAAAUCUCAGUCUGAUCCUCGUGGAGUCCACCUUAACCAACUGCCUUCCUCAACAGGCAGUUCAGUUCCUGUGCAGGGACUUACCAAACAUCCGCAUCACCAGAUGCAGCUUCCACCAAGUUCUUUUCCUAUGUAUACCACCUCUGGUAGUUUUCACUCAUUCCCGGGUUCAAACUCCAAUCCUUCUGGUUCCCCGUUGAGACCACACCUCCAUGAUACCCAUAUGAGACAUGUGGCGCAUAACCAGACCAUGGGAUCAACUGGUCUUGGAGGACAGCCCCAGUCUACCACAAACAUGAUGACUAUGCCCAAGUUCGAGAGGCCAACUUCUGUAAAUGAUCCUAACAGGGUUCAAGGUGGCCCUACAUCGCACUUCCAGAACAGCUCAUCGUUGCCUCUAAAUUCUGCACCUAGUCAAGGAUCAUCAGUGUCCCAUGUGAAGCAGGAAUCAGUUGAUCAAAGUUUUGAACAGAAGAAUGCAGCCUCAGGGACUUCGAAGGAGGAUUUAGAGAAGGAGUCGUCUAGAAUGGUUUUAUCCACACCUAGCAACAUGGCGCAUGCAAGCUCUGUUUCUCCUUCCAUGACAACUCAACUGGACGCUAGCACAGCAAUGAAUUCUCGUGGCCCGUUGGGUACAUCUCAAGCAGGAGUUAAUGCUAGGACGCAACCCAAAAAGCCUUCUGUUGGUCAGAAGAAACCCCUUGAGACAUUAGGUUCUUCACCGCCACCAGCAAGCAAGAAGCAAAAAGUAGUGGGGAAUUCUAAUGAUCAAAGUAUUGAACAGCUCAAUGAUGUCACUGCAGUCAGUGGUGUUAAUCUCAGGGAAGAGGAAGAACAAUUAUUCUCUGGGGCCAAAGAGGAUAGCCGUGUCUCUGAAGCAUCUCGGAGAGUUGUGCACGAAGAGGAAGAAAGAUUAAUUUUGCAGAAAAGUUCGCUGCAGAAAAAGCUUGCGGAAAUCAUGGCGAAAGUCGGUUUGAAAAAUAUAAGCAGUGAUGUCGAGCGGUGCUUGUCUUUGUGUGUGGAGGAAAGAAUGCGAGGACUAUUAUCUCAUAUAAUUCGGUUGUCAAAGCAGCGGGUUGAUACUGAGAAAUCUAGACACCGGACUUUUAUCACGUCAGAUAUUCGGCUGCAAAUCAACGAAAUGAAUCAGAAGGUUAAAGAGGAAUGGGAGAAGAAACAAGCUGAAGCAGAAAAGCUUAAGAAACCGAGCGAGAGUGAAGAAGGUGAUGGUGGAGUUGAUAGUGAGAAGGAGAAAGAAGAUAACCGUUCAAAGGGUGUGAAGGGCAAUAAAGAGGACGACGAUAAAAUGAGAACGACAGCUGCAAACGUUGCUGCUCGUGCUGCUGUGGGAGGAGACGAUACGUUUUUGAAAUGGCAAUUAAUGGCAGAAGCUCGUCAGAAAUCUGUAUCUGAAUCUGGUAAAGACGGUAAUCAAAAAUCAACCUCAGGUGGAGGAAGAAACUCCAAAGACAGACAAGAUGGUGGACGACGGUUUUCUGGAGCUAGUGGUCGAAAAUUAGGGAAGAACCAAGGUUCGUCGCUUCAACCAAAAGUGGUGAGGACAAUCUCUGUGAAGGAUGUGGUUGCUGUUUUGGAAAGAGAGCCUCAGAUGUGUAAAUCCACUCUAAUGUAUCGAUUGAUUCAGUAGAAUGCUUGACUAUCACAUAAUCAUUAUAUUUUUGUAAGUUUCUGAUGAUAAUUUUAGCGUCAAGAACAAGUGAAUCAUACCAGUGUAUGUUUACUUGUGUUAGAUUCAUCGUUUUUGAUCAAAUUAUUGACA